CCAGCAGAAGUAACGCAGCANUUGCAACUGCUACAUGAAGCCAGUUGCAACUGCUAUGUAGCGCUAACUUCGGCAAAACACACUCAUUUACGCGAAUUUAUUGGUGUAUUUAUUGAUAUAUAUUUCACAAUUGUUUAAUUUGAAAAACGUAUCUUAUUAAACUACAACCUAAAUUUGUAGUGUUUCAAUAUCUACAAUAAAAGAUAUUUUUUACUUUUCUUGAAAAAAAGAUAUAUAUUUAUAAAAAAUAAAUUAUGCUUCGUUUAUAUACGAUACAAUAACUUUUAUCAGAUCAUAUCACGAAUCAUUAAAUUAAUAUAAAUAUUUUGUGUUAUGUAAUGACAAUGUCAGUUUCUCAAAUGCGAAUUUCCGAGUUUUCUCCUCCAUCAACUUCUAGAAAAAGCAUCAUUGAGAGACGUAUAAGCAGACGAUCAACUCUGAGAUUGCCAGUGCCAGAGCCGUCGUUAUUAGAAAGAAGACUUUUUGAAGCAUUCGAUGUGUUCGAUAAUGCAAGAACUGGAGAAGUAAAUGUUAGAGAUUUAGGAACUAUAAUUAGAGCGUUAGGAUGUGUCAUCACAGAAGCUGAAUUACAAGAAAUACAAGUAGAAGUAGAAGAUGUUGAAAAUAAUUGCGUACCAUUAAACAGAUUCGUAGAGUAUAUGAGCAAAGCAAUUAACGAACGCAAGUUUAAACCGGCAGAACCGGAAGAAUUAUUGAAAGCAUUUCAAUUAUUAGAUCCCGAAAAUCGUGGUUACAUCACAAGGGAUGAUUUAGAGAAGUCACUUAUAGAAAUCGGUGAACCAUUUACAAAAGAAGAAGUAGCUGAUAUGAUGGCCGUAGCUUGUGAUGCAAAUACAGGAAAAAUUAAUUACGAGCAUUACAUCAAUUUGUUAAUUGUAAAAUUUCCCGAAGAUAUCAAUGUCUAUAAUAUUGCUGAAAAAGAGGCUGCAAAAUUGGCAGCAUUACCUAGAAGAUGGGGAAGCAUUAUAUUUCGAGACAGUAAUCGUUCUUUCUCAAGAUGAUCAAAAUUUAACGUAACACUUCAAUCAAAACAACUAAAGAUUCAAGAUAUUGAUGAAAAAAUUUUAUUAAAUGAAUAAGUUUUUUCAAAUGUAAUAAAUG